AUGGGUUUUGUUGAAGAAUACUUGCCAGCAAUGGCUAUGUUUGGGCUUCAAGUGACUUAUGCCAUUAUGGCUCUUAUCUCAAGGACUGCCCUGUUGAAAGGCAUGAGUCCUAGAGUGUUUGUUGUUUAUAGGCAGGCCAUUGCCACUCUCUUUAUUGCACCCAUUGCUUAUUUUUCCAGGUCGAAAUCUAGGAGGGUGCCUUUGAACUUGAAGACCUUUUCUCUAAUCUUUCUUGCUUCUUUUGUCGGUGUAACGAUGAAUCAAAACCUUUACUUUGAGGGAGUUUUUUUAGUUAGCUCGUCAAUGGCGACGGCAAUGACUAAUUUGAUUCCAGCAGUCACGUUUGUGAUAGCAAUGAUAAUCGGCAUGGAGAGUUUGAAGAUGGGAAGCUUGAGGAGUAUGGCAAAGAUUGGAGGGACAGUGGUUUGUGUGAGUGGGGCCAUGUGCAUGGCUCUUCUAAGGGGUCCAAAGCUUCUUAAUACAACACAAGGUUUUGGGGUGAAAUCUACAUUAUUUAAUGUGGAAAGUGGAAGUCACAAUGCUUGGUUAUUGGGUUCUUUGUGUCUCUUUGGGAGUUCUUGUUGCUGGUCAAUUUGGUUGAUUUUGCAGGUACCAGCUUCAGCAAGCAAUCCCGACAACUUAUCUUUAUCGGCAUGGAUGUGUUUGUUUGCGACAAUUCAAUCCAUCACUCUUACUCUAUUGGUCGAACCAAUCGAUCUACAAAUUUGGAAAAUACAUUCAAUUAUUGAACUUAUUUGUUACCUCUUUUCGGGAAUUAUUGGGUCAGGGGUUGCAUUCUUCGUUCAAGCUUGGUGUGUUUCAAAAAGAGGACCUGUCUUCUCUGCAAUGUUCAACCCUCUUUGCACCAUUGUUACAACUAUUUUGGCAGCUAUAGUUCUUCAUGAGGAAAUUUUUACUGGAAGGUCACAUCACCUCUCAAGAUGAUGCCUCUUGAUGCCAUAUAUUUGAGAACACGAGAUUCCAUCUCGAAACCAAUUGGCUAUAUAUGGGAGGCGCAAUAAAUCUUAUAGGAUCGGUAUGGCAACUUUAGAUGUGGUGAAUAGAGUUUAUUAAACUAAUGAAAACUUUUUCCUAAAUGUAGACCCAAUUAAGCAAAUUAAUACACUUUUGCUAAUAAGUAGUUUAAACAAUAAAUUCAUACAAAUAAAUUGAACCCAAAAUAAUCAAUAAGUUAAUAACACUACUUUAAAGUAUCUAGUUUGAUUCUAAUAACAAGAUUGAUGAUUAAUGUAAAAAUUUAAGAACUACCAAUCAAAAUAUGCAAAUAUGAGCAAUUAAUUCAAGAACAAAUAUUGCAAUUAAUUUUAUGUAAUAGACUAUAAUAAACAUUAUUUGAAAAAUUAAAGUGGUAUAGGGAUAGAGAAAUUAACACUGGAAAUUCUUAUAGUGGUUCGAUCAAACUCAACCUACAUUUACUUUCCCAAGCACCUCUUGGGAUUUUGAAUAAGGAACCUUAUAGCGAUUCGACUUUAAGUAGUGGAAAGAGUUAAAUUCUAGUGAAUUACCCUAGAGGAGUUUGGGAAGUUGAUGUAGGCUGAUUGUGUCGAACCACUAUAAAUUUUUCGGUGUCAAUUUCUAUAUCCUUAUACUACUCUAAUUUUGUAAUUAAUUUAUUAUAACAUUUUAUUGCUUGAAUUAAUUGCAAUAUUUGUUCUUGAAAUAGAUUGCUUAUAUUGGUUUAAUUUUGAAUGGAUCGUUUCUAAAUUUUCAUAUCAUUUACCAAUCUUUUUAAUAUAAUUAAAUAGGGUGCUUUAAAGUGCGAUUCUUAAUUU